AUGGGAGUUAAGCAAGGAGAUCCUCUAUCUCUUGCAUUAUUCAUCCUGUCAGCUGAGGUCCUUUCUAGAGCUCUAAACUCUUUAGCUGAGGAAGAUAGCUUUGCUAGAUAUGAGAAAAUCAUGAUCAUUUUGAAGAAGUAUGAGGAGUUAUCAGGUCAGCUUAUCAAUAGGGAUAAAAGUGCUUUCUAUUUGUAUGAUAAGGUGGCACAACAUAUACAACAAGAAGUUCAGCAGAUUACAGGCUUUAAUAGAGAUCAGUUUCCUUUAAAGUAUCUGGGGUGUCCUAUAUUUCAUACAAGAAGGAAGAAGAUGUACUACAAUGAUCUCAUUAAAAAAGUUAAGAACAAAUUGCAAAGCUGGAAAGGAAGACUUUUAUCUUAUGGAGGGAAAGCUGUUCUUAUCAGCAGUGUUCUUCAAAGUAUACCUGUGUAUAGUUUGUCAGCUAUAGUGCCUACUAAGUACACUAUUAAUGAAAUGCACAGGAUCUUUGCAAGAUUUUUAAGGAAUAACAAAGAAGAGGGAAAGAAGGUGACAUCGGAUGUUAUGGCAAAACAUCUGUUUGCCAAAAGAAGAAGGUGGACUUGGUUUCAGAUUUUUGGGGGAUCUCAGAUAUGGAAAAUGAUGCAGCAUGCCAGAGAAGAAGUGGAUCAAUUCAUAUGGUGGGAGCCAAACAAUGGUUCAUGUGAUGCAUGGGAUAAUAACUGGACAAAGCUUGGGCCAAUUAGUCACUUUGUAUAUGAGACUGAUCAUAGCAAUACUAAUAUUAUGGAAGGUGCUGAUGUAAUGACUGAAGAUGGUUAG